CUUCCCGGCAGCUGAAUGGCGGCGGUGCCGGUGGCUCCUGGUGUGGGGAUUGUUAUCAAUGUUCCCGCUUUAAUCGGCCUCGGAGAAGCUUCGAGAAAGGCCUUUGUCUUAUUUUUAAGCUGAGCGAGUCCCUUCGGAAUUGACAGUAUGUAUGCUGUGUAUCGUCAAACGCACCCCCCGACGGGGAUUGAGUUUGCUAUCUACUGCAGCUUCUUUUCGAAUACUGAGCGAAAUCUGGUGGUGGCUGGAACAUCUCAACUGCAGGUUUACAGAUUGAUCCAUGAUGCAGAGAGCACAGUGAAAGGAGACAAGUCUUCAGAGGUUAAAGGUCGGAAAGAAAAGCUGGAGCAGAUGGCAUCUUUUUCGCUCUUUGGAAAUGUCAUGUCCAUAGCUAGUGUACAACUGGCAGGUUCCAAGCGGGAUGCACUCCUCCUCAGCUUCAAAGAUGCCAAACUGUCUGUGGUUGAGUAUGAUCCUGGAACCCAUGACCUGAAAACACUCUCACUGCAUUAUUUUGAGGAGCCAGAGCUGAAGGAUGGUUUUGUGCAAAAUGUUCAUAUACCCCUGGUGCGUGUGGACCCAGAUGGACGCUGUGCAGUGAUGCUGAUCUAUGGAACACAGUUGGUGGUCCUGCCUUUCCGAAGGGACACCUUAAGUGAUGAACAGGAUGGAGUAAUGGGGGAGGGGCAGAAAUCCAGUUUCCUCCCCAGUUACAUCAUCGACGUUCGAGAGCUGGAUGAAAAGUUGCUGAAUGUGAUUGACAUGCAGUUCCUGUAUGGCUACUACGAGCCCACAUUGCUCAUCCUCUUUGAACCUAACCAGACUUGGCCUGGUCGUGUAGCAGUGCGACAGGACACCUGCAGCAUUGUUGCCAUCUCCUUAAAUAUCAUGCAGAAAGUCCAUCCUGUCAUCUGGUCACUGAGCAACCUACCAUUUGACUGCACCCAGGCUCUGGCAGUACCAAAACCAAUAGGUGGUGUGGUCAUCUUUGCUGUGAACUCGCUGCUGUACCUCAACCAGAGUGUCCCACCCUAUGGAGUGUCCCUGAACAGCCUGACAAAUGGAACAACGUCUUUCCCACUCCGGAUUCAAGACGGGGUGAAGAUUAUGUUGGACUGUGCUCAGGCUGCCUUUGUGUCCUACGAUAAGAUGGUCAUUUCCUUAAAAGGAGGAGAAAUCUAUGUGUUGACCUUGAUAACGGAUGGGAUGAGGAGCGUCCGUGCAUUCCACUUUGACAAGGCAGCAGCCAGUGUCCUCACCACCUGUAUGACCACAUUGGAGCCAGGCUUCCUUUUCCUUGGAUCACGUUUAGGGAAUUCAUUGUUGCUCAGAUACACAGAGAAACUGCAGGAAGCGCCAAUGGAUGUUGGAAAAGAUCGGGAGAAACAGGAAGAACCACCCAAUAAAAAGAAGCGUCUGGAUUUGUCAGCAGGCUGGAUUGCUGGUGAUGUUGCUUUACUGGAUGACAUGGAUGAGAUUGAAGUGUAUGGAAACGAGGCCCAGUCUGGUACUCAGCUGGCCACCUAUUCCUUUGAGGUCUGUGACAGUAUAUUGAAUAUUGGCCCUUGCGUAAAUGCUUCAAUGGGAGAACCUGCUUUCCUUUCUGAAGAGUUUCAGAAUAACCCAGAACCUGACUUGGAGAUAGUCGUGUGUUCAGGUUAUGGAAAGAAUGGUGCGCUCUCCGUUCUACAGCGAAGUAUUCGUGCCCAGGUUGUCACAACCUUUGAACUUCCUGGUUGCCAUGAUAUGUGGACAGUGAUUGCCUCUGAUAAGAAAGACGAGGUAAACACAAAGGAGCAGACUGGUGAUGGAGAGAAGGCAGAGAAGGAAUCCAAAGAGGUUGCCCCAGAAGAAGAUGUGAAAAAGCACGGUUUCCUCAUUUUAAGUCGAGAAGACUCAACCAUGAUCCUGCAGACUGGUCAGGAAAUCAUGGAGCUGGAUGCCAGUGGUUUUGCCACACAGGGUCCAACCAUCUUUGCAGGAAACAUUGGAGACAAUAAAUACAUUGUGCAAGUUUCUCCUUUGGGGAUUCGGUUAUUGGAAGGCGUGAACCAGCUGCAUUUCAUACCUGUGGAUCUGGGCUCACCAAUUAUGCACUGUGCAGUGUGCGAUCCCUAUGUAGUGAUAAUGAGUGGUGAAGGUCAGGUGACAAUGUUUGUACUGAAGCGUGAUACGUAUGGAGGAAACACCCAUAGACUGACUAUGCAGAAACCUCAGAUACACAUGCUGUCAAAGGUGAUCGCCCUCUGUGCAUACCGAGAUAUCAGUGGAAUGUUUACCACUGAGAGCAGAGCCUCUGUUGUGAAGGAGGACACCUUGAAAGGGAGCCAGUCAGAGUUGGAAACCAUGAUUACCAACAUUAGUACCACAGUGGAUGAUGAAGAGGAGAUGUUAUACGGAGAGUCAGGCUCAGCAUUGUUCAGCCCUCCUAAAGAGGAGCCAAACCGUACCUCUGUGCCAAUGGCUGAAAAAGAAACCUCGCAUCUAAAAAUAGAGCCCACGAACUGGUGCAUGCUGGUGAGGGAGAACGGUGUCAUGGAGAUCUACCAACUGCCUGACUGGCGCUUGGUUUUCCUGGUGAAGAAUUUCCCUGUGGGUCAGCGUGUGUUGGUGGACAGCUCUUCUGGUCAGCACAUGACACAGGGAGAGAUAAAGAAGGAGGAAUUUGCCCGCCUGACAGAGAUGCCGGCAGUAAGAGAGGUCUUGCUGGUUGGGCUUGGCAAUCGACAGACGAGACCUUUCCUUCUGGUUCACGUGGAACAGGAGCUUCUGAUCUACGAGGCCUUUCCCUAUGACGCACAGCAAAGCCAGAAUAAUCUGAAGGUUCGGUUUAAAAAGGUGCCACAUAAUAUAAACUUCAGAGAGAAGAAGGCCAAACAGUCCAAGAAGGACAAGAAGGUUGAGAACGCUACAGGAGAGGAACAGAUCAUCCCGAAAGCAAGGGUUGCUCGCUUCCGCUAUUUUGAAGAUAUUUCUGGAUACUCGGGGGUAUUUAUCUGUGGCCCGUCCCCACAUUGGUUGUUCAUGACUUCACGAGGCGCGUUGCGUAUGCACCCCAUGACAGUUGAUGGACCAAUCGAAUCCUUCGCACCCUUCCACAAUGUCAACUGUCCCAAGGGCUUCCUGUACUUCAACAAACAGGGUGACCUUCGAAUCAGUGUAUUACCUACAUACUUGUCUUACGAUGCACCGUGGCCAGUUCGAAAGAUCCCACUACGUUGCACAGCACAUUAUGUAUCGUAUCACGUGGAAACUAAGGUGUAUGCAGUAACGACAAGUGUGACAGAGAUUUGUAAUAGGAUCCCAAAGAUGACAGGGGAAGACAAAGAGUUUGAGAAUGUUGAGCGUGAUGACAGGUACAUCUACCCCAUGUUGGAGAAGUUUUCCAUUCAGCUGAUCUCACCUGUCAGCUGGGAAGCCAUUCCCAAUACUCGGAAGUUAGAAGAAUUCGACAAUCGUAGGGGUGAGGUGAUUGACAUGGAGGACUGGGAACAUGUAACCUGCAUGAAAACGGUGUCGUUGAGGAGCGAGGAGACCGUGUCAGGACUGAAAGGUUACAUUGCUGUGGGGACGUGCCUGACACAGGGCGAGGAGGUUACGUGCAGGGGCCGGAUUCUGAUCCUUGAUGUGAUUGAAGUUGUGCCUGAACCUGGCCAGCCCCUGACCAAAAACAAAUUCAAGGUGCUGUAUGAGAAGGAGCAGAAGGGUCCUGUGACUGCCCUGUGUAACUGCAAUGGUUACCUCGUCUCAGCAAUCGGACAGAAGAUUUUCCUGUGGAGCCUGAAAGACAACGACCUGACUGGAAUGGCGUUCAUCGACACUCAGCUCUACAUCCACCAGAUGAUCAGCGUCAAGAAUUUCAUCAUGGCAGCAGACAUCAUGAAAAGCGUCUCCAUCCUCCGCUACCAAGAGGAGAGUAAGACGCUGUCCCUUGUUAGCAGGGAUCCCAAACUCCUGGAAGUGUACAGCAUAGAAUUCAUGGUAGACAACUCUCAGCUGGGAUUCCUUGUGUCUGAUCGUGAGAAGAAUCUCCUGGUCUAUAUGUAUCAGCCAGAAGCAAGGGAGAGCUAUGGAGGGACACGGUUACUGCGAAGGGCGGACUUCAACGUGGCAGCUCAUGUGAAUGCCUUCUGGAGGACACCUUGUCGCGGCAUCAUGGAUGGUUCAAAUAAGAAGAACCUGGCUUGGGAGAACAAACACAUUACUUGGUUUGCAACGCUGGAUGGUGGGAUGGGACUCUUACUACCAAUGCAGGAAAAGACAUACCGACGUCUUCUGAUGUUACAGAAUGCGCUGAUCACGAUGAUUCCUCACCAUGCGGGUCUCAACCCCAAGGCGUUCAGGAUGUUGCACUGCGAUCGACGGGCUCUGCAGAACGCAGUGCGAAACAUUCUGGAUGGUGAGCUGCUCAAUAAAUUUUUGUACCUCAGCACCAUGGAGCGCAGUGAGCUGGCCAAGAAAAUUGGCACAACACCAGAUAUGAUUUUGGAAGAUGUGCUGGAGAUUGAUCGAGUUACUGCCCAUUUCUAAUGCAGACUGGAUGAAAAGCCAGGCGACCUUUAACCCUCAUGAUGGUCUAGUGUUUUUUUAAAGCUCAUCUCAACGCAGACAGAAAUGAGUGGUAAAGCUGAGGGCCAAUGGACAUUGUCUGAGCACAGCAGUGCAAAAGGCCUGAGGCAGAUUUUAUUAGUUUUUGAUUUGUUUAUAUGGAUUCAUUUGAAUGUAUUGUCUGUUUUUCAUACUCAAAUAUUUUGUAAUGCAAAUAGGGUAAAAAGAUUUGUUUUUUAA